AUGGCGGACCCUGGUGGGGCAUACGAAUUCAUGAUAGAAGAAAGCAACAGGGGAAAAGCAAGUCCGUCGAGGAGAAUGUUCUCGUGCCUCUACUGUCCACGCAACUUCCAGACUUCUCAAGCACUUGGCGGCCACCAAAACGCUCACAAGCGUGAAAGAGCUGCAGCUGCUGCUGCUGCUGCUGCUCGACGAAACGAACCACCUACGAAUCAACUCCUUCAGAACCAGAACCAGAACCAGAACCAGCCUUAUUGGCUGCUGGCCGAACCCACCACCACCAUCCAACAACCCUUCUAUGCCUCCACCUCCACCUCCUCAGCACCUCUUUGUGUUCGAGGCAGUGCUUCCACUCCUCUGUCUCUCUCUCCUCCUGCCACCGACGACUCUACUAACCCUGUAAAUCUAGACCUCUCCCUCCGAUUAUAA